UACUACAGUGGAUAGAGUGUAUCAAGUCUUAUUUUUUAACUCAAAGAUUAUUUUUACCAAGAGGAUGCCCACCUUUGCAGCCGGGGGCCCAUGACUGAGCUGAAUUUGCUUGUUUAGUCAGUUCUGUAGCGUAUGUUCUGUGACGUUAAGUCGGUUCUGUAGCGUAUGUUCUGUGACAUUUAGUCGGUUCUGUAGCGUAUGUUGUGUGACAUUUAGUCGGUUCUGUAGCAUACUUAAUGUUGUGUGACGUAUAGUCGGUUCUGUAACUGACUGACUGAGCCCCACUUGGCCUCUUGUGUGUGAACAGUCCAGGUGCUGCACCUUUAAGGCCGUGGCUGUUGCCAUAAAACCUAAUCUGGUCUCUUAUAGUCCUAUGGUGUACCCCUGUCAGAUAAGAGACACCCGUCCGUGUGUACACACAGACACACCAAGAGCCUAUCAGAGCUCUAACGUCACCAACUCUGAAAACAACAAACCAUCUCUGAGGGGAAGAAACCUUGAGCAGAACCCCAUCAAGUGGGGGCUCAUCUAUAAGGGUCCAACCAGAUAGAAUGACUGGACUACAGUUAUAACGUGCCAUCAGGUCACCAAAGUAAAGAUGUCUGGAUUGGAUAUGUCAUUUCCCAUACUGGAGAUCUUUGUUCCCCUCAUCUGCUUUUGUGUGGUCAUCCUGUGCUGCAACACCUCGUGUCGAGCCCUGCAGCGCGCCCGUGAGGAGCGCAGUCGGAUGCAGACCGCUCGCGAGGCCGACAGCUCGUCUGUCUACAUCAUCCCGUAUCCCCCCUCCGUGCCCGACGAUGACCUCUACCGGCCUCCUCGCUACAGCCAAGUCAGAAGCCUCAGCCCACCACCGCCCGCUUAUCAUGAGCUGGAAAUGAAGCCAGAGCUCUUCAUGGCACCAGACGCGCCCCCUCCUCCCUACACUCCCCCUUUCCCUGAGCCUCCAUCUCCAUCUUCUGCCGCAGGCUCGUAAAGGACGAGUCUCAGUGAUGGGAAGGCCAGAGCAGAGAAGAAAUCAGAGAACAUGGACUACUAUUUGGGCCACAGUGCCAUGUGUUGCCUGGGCAUGAAGACUCAAAGGUUAAAGACUUUAGUCCCGGGCAUAAAGACUGGAAACUGGCAGAAGCUGGUGAACGGGGGAAAAAAAGCUGACUCAUCUUGGACUGAUGAUGGAAUGUGGAGCAUUCCGGAGGAAAGAUGGAUGACGCAGUGACUAAAGGAGAGGCCUGUUUAGUAUUUACAGCGUCCCAGAACAAAACGUAUGUCUGAGGCAUGGCAGGAUGAAAUUGAGAAGAGUCCCCAAAUAAGAAUAGUUUACAAUAUGGCUUGUCCACAACAUACAGAGUAUCACAUCAGGAAUGUUUUUUUUUUUCUUUGAGAAUUUGUAAAUUAUUUAAAA